CACCCCCCACCCAAACCCCACAUCACGUGACAAUCACGUGCGGUUUAAUUGGAUGCUAUAAAUCGACUAUAGGCUGUCUCCCUUGCGGAUAGGGACGAUUACUUUUGCCGGGGGGAGAUGAUGACGCAGGCGCUCCUCUUCCCAAACGGCAGCCUCCGCUCGCCGGCCGCUUUCUUUCCGCCGCCUCUGAAGCUUGGGCAUCCCAGAUCGAUCUACGGGGCAGAGAUUACAGAUGCCGUUCUACACAAUGCAUCUCAAAGUGGCACAUCUCGAUUUCCCAUAUUGAGUAUUAGAUCUGAAGGAAAUGGAGGAGGACGUCCUCGGAAAGACACAUCUCCUAAUAAGACUAGGAAAGAGGCUGAUAGGUUGAAGGACCCACCAACAUCAAAUGUUGAGUCAUCAAAUGCUGCUAGUCAGGAUGAGAUAAUCGCUUUGUUCAAAAGGAUACAGACUUCGAUCUCGAAAGGUAGACCAGCUACUCCGAGAAGGAGAAACCUCAAAAGUCAAAAGGAGAAGAAAACUGGUGAACCAAUUCCAAAGGAUUUCAAACAGGAACAAGUAAGAGAAGUUGCAAGACCAGUCUCAAAAUUUGUGAAGAAGUCACCUAUCCCAUCACCUUCAUUGGUACAAGAUGAUAAGGAGGUAGCUGAGGAACAACAGCAAUCAGUAAUGAGUAACAAAGUGGCCGACAAACAACAGCAGCAGGCACUAACUACAGAUAGAGAAUCCAAUGUGCAGAAUCUAGAUGAAUUGAAGCUCCCCGAGUUGAAAGAACUUGCAAAAAGGAGGGGAAUAAAAGGUUACUCAAAGCUGAAGAAAGGAGAAGUGUUACAACUUUUGAAGGGGCUGUCAGAAUCCACAUGAUGAUUUGGAAGCUUCACAAGGACAAGGAGAUUUGAUGCUAAAGAAUCCAAAGAUCUUUCAACUGACAUAGCUGUUGAUUCUUUCAGUUUCUUUACGAGGAAUUAGUCUUUUGGUUCAUGUGGCUUCAUUAGUUUCUUGUUUGACUUGGUUAAAUUUAGGUGUCUUUCUUCUCAGUUUCAGUGAUUCUUUCUUUGAUGUCUUAUGUUUUGUUUGAAUCAAACAAAGAUCUCUCUUUGAACUGGAUUGGUUAAUGGUUCUUUGUUAAUGAGCCACCUUCUGUGA